UCAAAAGGAAUGUGAGACUUUGUGUUUAUCAAGGAGCGACGUCUGAGCGAGAAUGUGUACACUCCUUUUAUUUUCGCAGUUUCUGGCUCAGGAGGAAGACCGGAGGAGACUCUUUUUUUGUUUUCUUAUCAGGACGCCAAGUCGCAUCCUUGUUUUGUUGUCUUCCGCCACAACUCGGCACUCGCAGUAAGAGCGCGUGUGUGCGCGCGCACGAAACGCGCGUCCCCGCUGUGGAUUAAAAACGUUGGAGGUGUCAAAUGAGCCCUGAGAGGAAAACAACCAACUUGAGAAAAGUCUAUGAAGUGGACAGAAUAUUGUUCAGACUCCUCUCGCCAGGUUCCUCGAACGCUGCUCUCCCGCUUGUAUGAUGGAUGCUCUCCAGGAGGAGGAAACCGAGAGCGCCUGGAUGUUGUUGUCCUGGCUGGCGUCCUUUGUCAUGGUGUUUGGAGGAUCCCUGCCCUACUUACCCCAAUAUCAGGAAAUCCGGAGGAGCAGGAACACUGAGGGGUUCUCGACCAGAGUGUGUCUGGUUCUGCUCAUAGCCAACAUCCUGCGAAUCUUUUUCUGGAUCGGGAAGCAGUUUGAGCUCACUUUGCUGCUCCAGAGUGUGGUGAUGAUCCUCACCAUGUUCGCUAUGCUCCACCUGUGCUGCACCGUCCAAAACACCAACCGUGUGAGCACCAAGCGACGCCGUCUCACAGACUUGGAACCAUGUCACAUCUGGAAGUGGAGUGCUUUUGAGGACUACCUUCUCUUUUGUUUCGGCUUCAGCGUCGUGUGCGCCGUGGUCACCAUGCUGCUGCUGGACUACGCCGUGUUCGUGGAGAUGUUGGGCUCCCUGGCCGUCAUGUUCGAAGCCAUGCUGGGCGUCCCGCAGCUUUUGCAGAACCUCCACAACCGCUCCACCAAAGGCAUGAGUGUCAAGAUGGUCCUACUGUGGACCGCCGGGGACGUCUUCAAGACCACAUACUUUGUGAUGAACCAAAGCCCGUGUCAGUUUUGGAUGUGCGGUUCAGUUCAGAUCCUCAUUGACGUGGCCAUUCUCCUCCAGGUGCUCUUCUACAGCCGGGACGCGCUUACCAAACUAGGCUAAACUGGACUUGCUUCAGUUUUCAGGCAGGCGGGCAUAAUAACUUCAUAUUUUUAGACCUGGACAAACACAAACAUUUCAUUCUGUGAGGCAAGACAACACUUCUUUUUUUUUUAAUUUUUUUUUUUAAGAUUUGUUUUAGAGCUUGAAUGACUGAGCUGUUUUUAGUGGCCGUAGAGAGGGUAGCAGGCAGACAUUACUCACAUUGGCAGCUCGCUAACUGCAGGUCGGUGUUGCUCUAAUGGCAGCUGUAACAAGCGGUGCUGCACCAGUAGCCCUCCACUGGCCUCGACCGCUUGACUGAUGAGUCUCCCGCUCCUCGCUUCAGCACAUUGCUCCCAUGUCAGCAGUGUGUGUGUGUGUGUGCGUCUGUCUGUUUGACACACUCACAGCCAAUAUCGAUUUUAGCCGUUGGCAGUGCCAAGCCAAGGCCUCACAAUGUACAGCUACAAAUGGUGCCUGCAAAGGCCAUCGGUCUGCAUGCUCGGACUCACCUCAGUAGUUUAUUGGAAAGCACAACACUUAUUGAGCAUAUUAUGCAAACAGCGGCGAGCGAGACCCAGAAUCCGCCGUGCGUGAGUUGAGGUUUGGCAUUCAAAUUGUCUGCUGACUCUAAGGUCCUUAGAAAAAUGUGAAUGCAUUCAUGCAGAGUGCACUGUUUUUCAGGAGUAGUGUUAGUUACCGUGCCUUAUUCCAAUGAAAUGGACUUCGCAUCAGCAAGUCUGCACAUGGAAUUAUGUUUAGAAAUGAUGCAAAAGUUUGUGGAAACGUGUAAAAUAAGAUUUUUUUUAAUGCUACCUCACACAAAUCUCCACAUGGUCAUGUUCAAUCCUCUUGAUAGCAGUAUAGCCAAUUUUGGCUUCAGAGAAGCAUUAGAGCUGAUCUAAAAGUGGAUUAUUAUUCACACGCGAACGUUCGAAAGCUGUCAGCUGAGUACACUUUGGUAAUUUGGCUUGUGUGUAAAGACAAUGCUCAGUUUUGAAGUUCAUCUGUUCAACUUUUCGUGUUGAUGUUGAUAACACAAACCGUGCUCUGAUUGCAUGUGCAUCAUACAGAGACAUGGAUGCAAGCUAUGCAGUAUACAGUAAACAAUAUAGUACCGUUUAAAAAAUUCACAUUGUCUAAUACAGUGGUACCUUGGUUUUCACAUGCCCAAAAUUUCUCAGGUUUGCCGGACAAAAAUCAGUUUUGUGUAUACAACAGAUGUCAAACUCAAAGCCCGAAGGCCAGAUCCAGCACAGGAAUUAUUUGAAAAUGGGGUUCUUUUAAAAAACAGUAAACGACCAUCGCACAUGGAAAAGUCCAACAAAUAAGUGCAAUCAAACUAAAAUACAAUCUCCAUACAAUAGAUAAUUUUAAAACUUUCAGGGGCACAAUGAUAUUAUUACGAUGCAUUGCACUGACCAUUCUCAGUAAGGGUUACAGAGUCACAUUACCAUAAAAAGUAGAAAUACUGUAUUUAUAGGACGCACCGGGUUAUUAGGCUGCCGAU